AUGGACCCUGUUCAGCAGACCAACACCACCCAAGCGGCCAUACAUCCCGAUCUCCGAACCCCCACCAGAGCAGGCACCCAACGGCGUACUGCAAUGCCAACCAGAGCCAAGGCUGCCACACUUAGAACGGCUUCCCAUUUGAUGCCAGCUGGACCCGGAGUCGAAGAAGAAGGUCCUGGAUCACCAGUGGUAUCCAGAAGGAGAUCAUACCGAAGGCCGUCGACAAAUCCACGCCGUCGAGUAACGGCCCCUCUUUCCGAAAACAGACCGCUGUUGGACUCUCCGAUGUCUCGUCGUCGAAGCUUGGACACUCAGGACAACAGAAUCACGAAACGACCUCGAGAGCAGGAGAACCUAUCAGAAAAUAGGCUGAAUUCACUUGUGGCAGCAUUCCAAUUUAAUAUGGAACAAAAAAUUGAAUUCCUUCAUCGACAUUUGGCAUGGGAAAAGGAGUCAUUUAACCAUCAAUUGGAGAUCGAUAAUCGCCGAAUAGAAUGGGAGAAACAGAUCUACGACCGAGAAUUGUAUCCCGGAAAUCCCCAGUUCGAAGAAGAAAAGCAAGAUUUUGAACGACGGUUGAAUGGCGAGGAUGGGCAGUUUGAACGAAACAAAGAGACGUAUUCGAAGGAUCGAGAAAAGUAUGAGCAGGAUAGAGCGGAGAGAGUGGACGGACUCUUGGCUGUGGAGCGGUGUCUGCCGGCCAAAAAACAGAUAAUUUCGAUGGGCUUCCGACAGAUGAUGGCAAGCCCCUCCAGCUUUCCCACUCUUAUGGCUCCACUCGUGCGACCGAAUGAAGAUCGGGGACGACUGUCAAUGCAGGAGCGUAUCGACUUGGCGUCAAUGGCUCUUCCCGAGAACAAUCGUCAGCCGGACGUCGCGAGCUCCGACCAACAAAGUGUGCCAUCCCUCGAGCCCACGAACGAUGGACAAGGAGAGCAGAGGGAGGGUCCGGCCGACCAGGACCAAUGCUCAUUCGUCCAAGUCUUUCAAGCCUACGUCGACCAAAAGGCCCAGUUUUAUAAGCUCCAUACCGCCUGGGAAAACGAGAAGCUCAGACUCCGGCGCGAUCUCAACCGGCGCAAGCACGAAUGGGAGAUGGAGAGACAAGCGCGCCAGCGGAAGGCCGACCGGGAAGAACACGAACAACGGAUGAAGGCCCGCCAGGAGGAAUGGGAGGCUCAGAGACGCACCCUCCGGCUCGAAUUGGAGCAGCUUAGAGAUCAGGCCUUGGCCCGGCAAAGAGAGGAACAAAGGCUGGGACAACUUCAUCCUCAUCACUACAAUCCUGUCUAUCAGUCGGGUUUCUUUUAA